AUGAUGUACCAAUUGCCAGGCAUGCGCAUUCACCAAGACCUCAUUGGCUUUAACACCCUUUUGGCUGACAGCCCAUGGCCUCGAGGCCAGAAGUACCUCUCCGAGCUCAAGGACCUGACCUUGCAGCCUGAUGAAGUCACCUUGGCGACGGCGGCCAGCUGUGGAGUUCCUUGGCACAUGGGACUUCACCUUUGUCGUUGGCCGACCACACUGCCCACCGCCCUUGUGAGCUCGUUGGAGCAUUGGAGCUGGGCUGUCGAGCUGUUUGUGGCAGCGAGAUCGGAGCAGCUGGAAGUGGAUGUUGCCUUUACCACUGCGCUGUCGACCACGUCAACCAACGGCCGUCAGUGGCCACUGUCCCUGCACUUGGGGGCCCACUCUUCGGAAGCGGAUCUUCUCCUUCUGAAUGCGCAACUGUCGGCGGCAUGGAUGGGACAACGCUGGCAGCACGCGCUUCGGCUCGUGGUGGCUGCCCUUGAGCAACGCAUGCCCAUCGAUGACUACGGCUGCAGCAGGGUCAUUCUGGCAUGCGAGGAGAACCAGAAGUGGCAUUGCAGCCUGAACUUGUUGGUGUCCAGUCAUGGGGUCUUCAGCUAUUCCUGGACCGACUUCAUGUCUUCCCGGCUGCGUGCGGGCCAUUGGUCCAGCGUUUUGCAGCUCGGGAGCUCGCUGUUUCCCAGCACGUUGACCGGCGAACUGGGCAUCGGUGAGCUAAGCCUUCUGGUGAAAAGCUGCCAGACCUGGCAAAAAGGCCUCCAGCUGUGGCAUGAGAGUCCCCAGGAGCUUCGGCAGAUCAGUGGCUGCAACGCAGCCAUGGCCCUGGUCGCGCAGCAGGACACCUCAGCUCCACACUGGCCUGUGGCUGUUGAACUCUUCACCCUCGCUCGAAGCGGCAGAUUGCAGCCUGAUGAGCUCAGCUUUUCUUCGAUGCCGAGGCGCUGGCCUGCCUCAGUCGAGACAACGCUGCGGGGCUUGCAUGUCGCACAGCAGCCGCUGGACGAGGUUUGCCUCGCAACGCUGCUACGCUGUGGCACAUGGCGGUUCUGUCUGCACACCUUUCUGUUGGGACAGCGUUUACGCGCUUCUCCAGAUGAGACUUGCUACAAUGCCUGCGCCGCAAGCUUGUGCACCUCCGAGCGCUGGCGCGAGACGGUGGAGUUGUGGCGGGGGAGAGGAGGCGUCAUGUCCAUCGUGAGUCUUGAUGCUGCUGCCUGUUGCGUCCUGCGUGCGGGUUGCCAUCGGCCUGUUCUCCACAUCUUGGAUCGCUUGAAUCUGCAGGCUGAGAGAGUGCUGAGUCCUGCAGCCCGGAGCCCUGCGGGCCCUGCGGGCCCGGCCCCGCACGACACGCUCACGUGGUCAACCGCCAAAGAGUCCAAGAACGCUUGA